UGUACAUACGUACAGCGUACGCGUACGUACGACUUACGUACUUGACGCAGUACCCGGACUCCGGACCGCAGGGAUCUCUACCCGGCACUGAACGUUUUGCGAAGGUGUUUCAUAAGUUUGAUGGGUCAAGUGUUGUCAUCCUUUGAUAUCAUUUAACCGAUUGAUUGCUUAUCCCGAACAAAUAUGAACUACGGAUAUCAAGGAUCUCCAGGGAUGCCUUAUCCAGGCCAAAAUCCCCCAAAUACGUUCAACCCUCCUCAGGGUGUUCCCGGAGCGGCACCUUAUCCUGGCAACAGCAAUCCAGGAUAUAAUUUUCCUUCAGGUCCCCCAGCAGCUGGAAUUCCCCAGCCGUAUUCCCCUUACUCUUCAACUCCCUAUCCUUCUAAUCCAGCUCAACCUUCCAUGCCAUAUGGACAACCACAGCCAAUCUCCCAAGCGCAACAGUACGGCGUACAACAAAAUGUUCCUCCUCGCUCUUAUCAACAGCCACCACAGAAUUCAGGUCAUGUCUAUCCAAGUAGUCAGACAACUCAAGAUUCGUCACAGUACGCUCAAAAUUCUUAUCCAGGUGCCAAUCCACUAUUUCCAUUGAAUAAUUCUCCAUUCCCACCAGCUUCUAACCAGUAUCCAAACCAAACUACUCCUCAUGCACAGAAUCCCACCCCUUAUCCUAGUCACUCUGCCCCUUAUCAGACUAAUUCGGCAUCGUACCCAAAUAAUGCCAAUCCCUAUCAACAAAAUGCGACUUCAUUACCGAGCAAUGCUACUCCUUAUUCACAAAAUUCAAACCCAUAUCCUGGUGUGGGAAAUCCUGGGGGACAAGUCUAUGCUCAGCAUGUGAACACAACACAGUCAAUACCGCCCCAACAUGGUGCCCCAGGGCCCCAACGAGCACAGGUCCAAGCAAAGCCUUCCCCAACUGUAGUGCCCUCUCCUGGCUUUGAUGCACGCGCAGAUGCUGAGGCAUUGAGAAAAGCGAUGAAAGGAUGGGGAACUGAUGAGAAAACUAUAAUUAAUAUUCUUGCCAACCGCACCAAUGCUCAACGCCAGGAGAUUGCCAUGCAAUUUAAAACUCUUCAUGGCAAGGAUUUGAUCAAGGAUUUGAAAUCUGAACUCUCUGGCAACUUCGAACUUCUCAUUGUUGCUAUGAUGAUUCCACUUCCACAGUACUAUGCUAGAGAGCUACAUGAGGCACUGUCAGGCAUGGGCACUGACGAAGGUGUUCUGAUAGAGGUUCUCUGUACCAUGUCGAAUAAUGAAACACGCAUUAUUCAGCAGGCCUAUCAAUCCAUGUAUGGAAGGUCCCUGGAAAGCGAUCUAAUGUCAGAUACUUCUGGCUGUUUCAAACGCCUCAUGGUUUCCCUGUGUUGUGCUAAUCGAGAUGAAUCAUUCAACGUGAAUCAAGCCGCUGCGCAACAAGAUGCUCAUGCCUUACACAGAGCUGGUGUGCAGCAGUUUGGAACUGAUGAAUCAACCUUCAAUCAAAUUUUGGUACAGAGAAAUCCGGCGCAACUACAGCAAAUAUUUGCUGAAUAUGAAGGUAUUGCAGGCCAUCCAAUCGAGCAAGCCAUAAAGCAGGAAUUCUCUGGUGACAUUGAGAAGGGUCUUCUCGCAAUUGUUAAAUGUGUGAAGAAUCGUCCAGCUUUUUUUGCGGAACAAUUGUACAAGAGUAUGAAAGGAUGUGGAACUCAGGAUAACCGACUUAUUCGACUAGUUGUGACUCGAUCUGAGAUUGACAUGAAGGAUAUCAAACACGCAUUCGUCCAACAGUAUGGCCAGUCUGUCGAAGACUUUAUAUCUAGUGAUUGCACUGGGGACUACAAGAAAUGUCUGCUUGCGCUAGUUUCCUAACUUGUGUCAAACUGGUAUCCAUCUUAAUUAAAAUAUUACGUUUGAUGUUGUUUUGUCUAGUGAAUAUGUAUCAACACUGGAAGUUGCUCUACAUUCAUGAAACAAAAGAUAUCUAUUAAUUACCUCGAUCAAUGAAUACGUGUUCGCGUGGGAAUCUUUAAACGCAAAAAUAACAUAUAAGAUGGCUGUUUAUAUUUAUAACGUUGGAUCUUUAAAUUAUACCUAAAUGUUUUGUCUAUUGUCGAUAUUGUUGUUUGAUGUGAUUAACUUAAUCAUAAUCACAAAUUACUGUUACUCAAUCAUGAGGUACUAUGGCCAAUCGUUUACAUGAAUCAUUGAUAAAUUUGAUUAUGAUGAUGAUCUUCAAGAUAAUCUAAACACUAAUUAAACAUGAGGACUUCCGGAUUACUGCAAGUGUAAUGACCGUCAAACAUAGUGCUUCCAUUAUAUCGCUUUUGCCAUAAGAAUACAGAUCAACAUUUUGAUUAAAUGUGAAUGUUGCUGUACCGAAGUCAACAAUAUUGUACCCUGUUCAAUCCACUGAAAUGUAUGUAUAUCAUAUACCAUACAUUUCAGUGGUUCAAUCCAAAUCGAUUAGUGAAAAGAUAAGAUCUGAUUGUGUGCUUUCCGUGGUCACUUAAAUGAACCUGUUUACAGUAGCUUGAUAUAAAAUAUUUCUAUAAGAUGAGGUUCUAUUAUGAAAUAUUGGUGAAUGCUUCUAUUUUUUACAUAAAACUUUACAUAUAUUUGCUAAACAUGUAUACUAUGUAUUAACUGAAGAAUCAUUGUGAACUGGAACAAUCCAAAAUUGUGCUUUUGUUAUUCAAAGUCAUUUAAUCUUCCUAGUGCGCCAACAAAUGUUGCCGAAGCUAUUGCUGCAAUUGGGCUUCUAUUUUUGUAGAAAUGUUUCUGUAUUUUACUUGCAAUAAAUAUAUCUUACUGUUCGUCAGAGGAAAAGUUAA